CCAGCGCUUGCCAGGCUCCAUGUCCUGCUCAGGACAGACACCAUCAUCCUCACCGGAUGGGAAUGAAGGAGCAGACUCUGGGGUGCCAAGUGAGGAAGGGGGGAUUUAAUCUCUGGAGCAAAUGAAGACACUCUGAAGAGUUUCCUCUUUGCUGUCGACUACUCCGGGGAGGAUUUUCCAGCAUGCAGCAGCAAGGGGCAGGGCGCAGGAAGGAGGAUGAAGAGCUGGAGGCUCCGGAGGCUCCGUCAGCUGGGAAGAGCCGAGGCACGGCAGCAGCAGCCGGAGGGUGGGCGUGGGGAGUGGUGUUCCACUUCUUCCUGGUCAAUGUGCUCGUCAUGGGGAUGCUCAAGACCUUUGGGAUUUUCUUCGUGGCUUUCCGAGAGGAGAUGGGGGGAUCUUCAGAGCAGGUCAGCUGGAUCGGCUCCAUCAUGUCCUCCCUGCGAUUCCUAGGAGCCCCGCUCGUGGCCGUGAUGUGCCGGCGCCUGGGAGAGCGCCCAACCUCCAUCCUCGGGGCCGGGCUGGUGGCCGGGGGCUGCCUGCUCAGCACUCAGGCCACCAGUGUCCCCUUCCUCUGCUUCUCCAUGGGACUCCUCCCGGGGAUGGGCUUUGCCUGCCUGUACCAGGCGGCCGCGGUGAUGACGGCCAAGCGCUGCCGGGCUCGCCUGGCGUUCUGCAAUGCCCUGGCUCGCUCGGGGAUGGGGCUCACCUUCCUCAUGGCCCCCUUCACCCAGCUCCUCAUCGAGGCAUACAGCUGGCAAGGUACUCUCCUGAUUUUUGGAGGCAUCAUGUUGAACCUGGUGCCUUCCAGCAUGUUGCUGUGGCCUGUCAGCACCCAAGUGCCUCGGGAAUCUGCUGAAAAUCAACACCUGGGAUCUCCAGUGGCAAAGAAGGAUCCAGAAACUCCUGGUGGAUGUUUAGAUGGAAGCACUCCCAGGGAAUUACAGGAGGCUCCCACCACAGAGAGAUCUGUGGUGCCCCGUGGCAGAGAUGUCUCUGACCCAGCAAAUCCAUCUUUGGGAAGAGCCAUCCUGGAGAGCUCAGAAACACCCACCAGGAGAAGCCACAAACCCCUUGCAGCCACCACGAAGGAACCUUCUCAGCCUCUCCUGGAUUUCUCCCCACUGAAGGAUCCCGUUUUCUUCAUUUUCACCUGGUCUUUCCUGUUCAGCCACCUGGCCUAUUUCGUGCCCUAUUUCCACCUGGUGGCGAGGGCCAGGACGCUGGGGCUGAGCAGCAGGGACGGCUCCUACCUGAUCGCUGUGGCCGGGAUCACGGAGAUGCUGAGUCAGCUGUUCUCGGGCUGGCUGGCUGACCACGACUGGACCCGGAAAUAUCAUUUCCAUGUCACCUACCUGCUGCUCUGCGGGGCCACCAACCUGCUGGGGCCGCUGGCCACCAGCCUGCCGCUGCUGCUGGCCUACAGCGUGGCCUUGGCCACCUUCUGUGGAGCCUUCAUGGCCCUGGUGCUGCCCGUGCUGGUGGAUCUGGUGGGUGUGGAAAAGCUCCACAGCUACCUGGGGUUUGCUGCCUUCUUUGCAGGGAUAGCAGCCAUGGGAGGACCCCCUCUAGCAGGGUGGCUCUAUGACUACACCCAGACCUACGCCUGCUCCUUUCUCUUUGCUGGAGCCUGUGCUCUCAUCUCACCUAUUUCCUUCUUCUUCGAGCCUUCAGCCCAAAAAUGGAAGCUAAAAAAAGCCAAUUUGAACAAGAGCCCCGGGUCUGGCUGAAGUUUUAAAGGCUGGGCUUUGAUUGCAUCUAUGCUGGGAAAGCCACUGCCUGUACUGGGAAGCAUCAACAGCAGCAACACUGGAAACUGGGAUUUUUGGCUGCCACGCUCGGUCUGUAUACCUGGAUAUUUCUCCUGAUUAAAGCCAUCUGAGAAAUGCA